AUGGGCACAGUCACGAAUGUCUCAGAAACAGAGAAUCUGCUCCCGCCCUACAGAUUCGAGCUGUUACAGGACAUAAGGCCCUUUUUGGAGGAGUACUGGGCAGCCUCAUUUCCCAUAGCUCUGGUCUACCUGCUGUUCAUCUUUGCGGGGCACAAGUACAUGAAGGCACGGAAGGCCUUCAACCUGCAGAGGCCUCUCAUCCUUUGGUCCUUCUGCCUUGCAGUCUUCAGUAUCCUGGGGGCAGUGAGAACAUGGGGCCUUAUGGGGAACUUGAUACAAAGGUAUAGCCUAAAGCACACUGUGUGCUACUCCAGCUUCUUCCGCAACCCUGUAGUCAGAUUCUGGUCCUGCCUCUUUCUUCUCAGCAAGAUCAUUGAACUUGGAGACACGGUCUUCAUCAUCUUGCGUAAGCAGCCACUCAUCUUUGUGCACUGGUACCACCACAGCACAGUGCUAGUGUUCACAAGCUUUGGAUACAAGAACAAGAUAGCUGCAGGCGGCUGGUUCAUGACCAUGAACUAUGGAGUGCAUGCCCUCAUGUACACCUACUACACUCUGAAGGCUGCCAAAGUGAAGCCCCCCAUGUGGUACCCUAGGCUCAUCACCAGCCUGCAGAUCCUGCAGAUGUUUAUGGGAGUCACUGUCAUCAUCCUGGCUUUCAUCUGGAGACAGGAACAGGGAUGCAACACCACAGUGGAACAGUUCUUCUGGUCCCUCAUGAUGUAUAUGACCUAUUUCAUCCUCUUUGCCAACUUCUUCUACCAAGCCUACAUCAUGCCCAAAGUUAAAGCCAAGACCAAGAGCGAGUAA